AUGGUCAAAAUAUAUCUUGUUGCUCAACUUCUGGCGAUUGGUGCACUUGGCGCCAAAUGUCCUCCUCCAGGUCCUCUUCUUCCACCACCCGCGAUGCCUUCGCAAUUUGAUCCCGCCGGCCUACAAAACACCAUAAAUCGCUUGGUCAGCAAUAGCCGUAAAUCUUGGAACGCGUCCACAAAUUCAUUCUCAUUUGCCCUGUCGUCCACCAACAACACGUUCUUUGAGUAUCAUCACGCCGCCAAGGUCAGAGACCCGACCGGCACCAAGAACAUCACUGGGGAUUCAGCGUACCGCAUAAUGAGCAUCACGAAAUUAAUCCACACAUUGACGCUUCUGCUCACUAAGCCUUAUUCUUUGGACACGGAAAUUUCUAAUUACUUGCCCGAGUUGGAAGGGGUUAAGAAAUAUGAGGGAGUGACUUUGAGAAUGCUGGUUUCUCAUUCGGGUGGUGUGCCCAGAGAUGCCAAUGCUGUUGACCUAUUUCUCAUGGACGGUGAGAACCUUCAAAAGGCUGGGUUUCCGACUCCAGACCCGAAAGAUGUUCCCAAAUGCGAUUAUAUUGGACUCGGACCAUGCAGUCGAGAAACCUUCUUCGAAAAUUUACAGCGGGAUAAGCUAGCUCUCAUGCCCGGCCAAUCGACAGGGUACUCCAACCAGGCAUUCGUUCUGCUCGGCAUGGUCCUGAAGAACAUGACUGGUAAAUCGUUCCCAGAGUUGCUUCGCGAGAAGAUUACCCAGCCUCUAGGCAUGUCCGUGACAGGAUUGAACCCCCCAGAACGGUCUCGCGGUGUCAUUCCCAUCGCACCGGGUAACGUGUUCUGGGGCUAUGACAUUGGCAACUACAACUUGACCGCCGGUUUGUAUUCAACGCCCAACGAACUCCUCACACUCGCCCGCGGCAUCAUGAACCACAAACUUCUCUCACCAGCCGCUACUAGACAAUGGAUGCGCCCCGGUGGGUUUGCCGGCUCGUAUACCACUGCCGUAGGUGCUGCCUGGGAAAUCUACCGCGUCUCAUACAAAGAUCGCCCCAUCGACAUCUACACCAAGAAUGGCGGCAUGCCCGGCUGGUCCGCGUACCUGGUCUUUGUGCCAGAGUACAAUAUCGCAGGCGCGAUUAAUUCAUGUGGCGACGAACCCGACGGUCCUGCUAAUGACAUGUUGGAUUUGCUCGCUUCGUCUGUCAUCCCGACUGUGGAUUCUCUAGCCAGGAAGCAGGCUCGCGUUUACGUCGGUCGGUAUACUGGGCCCUCCAAGUCUAGUCUUGAGCUUGCCAUUGAUGACGGGCCUGGGUUGCGUAUCAAGACGUGGACUAAUAAUGGCAAGUCUAUCCUGGAUGUUUUGGCGGCGGAGAAUGGCGUAAAAGUGAAAGACAUCGACGUCCGUUUAUAUCCUGUUGGUGAAGGGAAUCGGUGGAGAAUGGCUGUCGAAAAAGUUAACAUCCGGCCUGAUAAGAUCAGUGUUCCGAGCGAGGCUUGUCAUAAUUGGGUCUGGGUAGAUGCGAAGCGUUAUGCUAGCUAUCCCGUGGAUGAGUUUACAUUUGAAGUACAGGGCGGACGGGUUGUUGGUGUGAAGAAUAGCGGUUUGAGGGCCAGCUUGACCAAGGAGUGA